AGUUCAACAAGUUUUCAUAAUACCCAUAAUCUCCCUGUGUUGUGCAAGCACCUUUCUACUUGGUAGCAUGAAAUAAUAAGUACACAAUUUAGCUUUAUUUUCCUAAUUUUUAUUAUUCCACACCAUAAAAAGAAGACUUUCGAAAAAUGGCCCUUAAAGGUUUAAAAGUAAUUGAAUUUUCUGGUUUAUUACCCGUUCCGUUCUGUGGAAUGGUCUUAGCUGAUUUUGGAGCUAAUGUAAUUCGUAUCGAUAAAGUUGAUUUUGAUACCAAUCUUGACUGCUUAGGAAAUGGAAAAAAGUCAAUUAGUCUUAAUUUAAAGCACCCUCGAGCUAUUGACAUAGUUAAAUCAAUAUCUCGCCAAUCGGAUAUACUUAUAGAACCAUUUCGAAAAGGAGUUAUGGAGAAAUUGGGCUUGGGACCUGACGUAUUAAUGAAAGAAAAUCCCAAAUUGAUAUAUGCUAGGCUCACAGGUUAUGGUCAUAAAGGAUACUUUAGUAAAAAUGCUGGGCAUGAUAUAAAUUAUGUUGCCUUAUCUGGUCUAUUAUCAUUAUUUGGAAGAGAAGGUGAAAACCCAAACCCUCCUGUUAAUGUCUUGGCUGACAUUGGAGGUGGCGGUCUAACGUGCGCAAUGGGUAUAUUACUAGCCAUAAUAGAAAGAUUCAAGUCUGGAAAGGGUCAAAUAGUCGAUACCACAAUGGUGGAAGGUACAGCAUAUUUAGGAACUUGGAUGUACAGAGGACAAAAAACUUUACCGAUAUGGGGUAACGAACGAGGAAAAAAUAUACUGGAUACUGGAACACACUUUUACGAGGUAUAUAAAACUAAAGACGAAAAAUACAUGUCAGUAGGAGCCAUAGAACCACAAUUUUAUGAAAAAUUACUUAACGGUUUAAAUUUAACAAUCGAAGAAGCUCCACAAUUCGGUGAUUUCAGCGCACUAAAGAAAUUAUUUGCAAAAAAGUUUGCAGAAAAAACCAGAGACGAAUGGUGCAAGAUUUUCGAUUCUACAGAUGCUUGUGUGGCGCCGAUUUUAACACUAGACGAAGCUCCCUUACAUCCACAUAAUAAAGAUCAAAAUACGUUUUUAAAAACGGAAAACUGUUACAGUCCUAAUCCUCAUCCUAGACUUAGUAGGACACCAGGAGAAACACAAGCUAAUAAAUGUUUGCCGAAAACUGGGGAACAUACUAAAGAAAUUUUAAUUGAUAUUGGUUAUUCUUCGAAAAAUGUAGAUGAAUUGGAAGAUGAAGGUGUAAUUCAUUGUUAUAAAUUUUCUAAACUAUAAUGCUAUACAUGUUUAAUCUUUUUUUUUUUAUAUAUUGUUUAUACUUUUGUUUAUUAUAUUAUAAUAAAAUAAUUUAUAAUUAAA